AUGGUGCCGGUGCGAAUGUGCAGGUCUGGGAACUUCUUGAACGAAGAUGUCAAUGGCGGCUCCAGUGGCGCAGGCAACAACGUGCAGGUUUGGACUGAUGACUUGGCUCCAGAAUCCAGGUGGUCUAUCAUCUUUGAUGGAGGCAUGUAUCAGAUCAAGAACCAGCUUGGGCACUACCUCAACCAAGAUACCAAUAGUGCUCGCAAUGUGAUUACUUGGACAGAUGGUGCUGCCAGUGAGAGCCAUUGGAUUUUGAUUGCUUUGCCCGGCAACCAGAGCCUGAUUGUGUGA